AUGCCUGUAAACAUAGAUAUUGCUCCUUUCAAGCUGGACAUCGAUGAGCUGAUAGCUGAUUAUGCCAAGGAGAACUAUACGUCACUCGCUGAAUUCAAACAAGUGUGGAUGGCCAAGAAAUUUUCUUAUAUCUAUGAAGGCAGACCUAAGACAAACUCGGGUUUAUUCAUGCAGUCCCUCUUUCUGGAUUGUAUUGGUCAUUUGACUUCUCAAAGUUCACUACCCCAAAGAUUGGCUGGGCUUUACUGCCUUUACUGUCUGUAUGAGUGCCAGCCAUACAAGCCACAGUUCAAGAUUUAUUUGUCUCUUGAGGAGUGCAGGCAAUUGAAAGAUUUUGUUGUUACGGCUAAGCAAAAUGGACUGAAUCUUGUGGCUGCACUUGUCAAAAGGAUGCUGAAUAAGGGCAUGUUUUUGUUUGGCUACAUGAAUUUGAUUGAUGACAAUGGGGACAAGCAGGUUGAGGAAUUGACUGCAUUGCAGAACAAACGAGUAAAAUUUGCCUGUGACAAGUUAUUUGCAAAUACCCAAGCAGAAAGUUAUAUGCACAUGGACUUGGGUGCCGAGUUUGAACUUGAUAGCAUCAAGAAACUGUCGAAGGAGUAUGCAGAAGCAAAGGAAUUGGCCCUUGCAGAGGCAAGCCAAAUUGUGGCAGUUGAAGAUGCUAAGCACCUCCUUCAGAGUGACAAGCUGUUGGGUGACAAGAUAGGUGAAGUCGUCAAAGAAUGGGAUGCCCAGAAGGAGGGGUUCUACGAGAGAACAGGAUUAUCCCCUGGCAAUCGGCUCAUGGUGAUUGACAAUGAUGAAUCAGGAGUACAAUAUCACGAGGAUGGAUCCCGCGGCAAUCAGCUCAUGGUGGUUGACAAUGAUGAAUCAGGAGUACAGAAUCACGAGGACGAUGACUUUGAUGAAUUAGAUCAGCUGCUAGAGUGA